GGAAGCGGUCCCUCCACCGUCAUGUGACGCGGGCCCUCGCCCCACCCGUCUGCAGCCACUCCCUGUCUCCGUCCCUAGUUCGAGAGGACCACGUGACGCUGUCGGGGCCAGUCACGUGAGGCGCGGAUUCUGGGUGGGAGGGGGUUGGCGGAGGGUUCCAGAGUGGCAGUAAAGGAGGGAGAUGGCGGGGUGUAGGGGGUCCCUGUGCUGCUGCUGCAGGUGGUGCUGCUGCUGCGGUGAGCGUGAGACCCGCACCCCGGAGGAGUUGACCAUCCUUGGAGAAACGCAGGAGGAGGAGGAGGAGAUCCUUCCAAGGAAAGACUAUGAGAGUUUGGAUUAUGAUCGCUGUAUCAAUGACCCGUACCUGGAAGUUUUGGAGACCAUGGACAAUAAGAAAGGUCGCAGGUAUGAGGCGGUGAAGUGGAUGAUGGUGUUUGCCAUUGGAAUCUGCACUGGGCUGGUGGGUCUCUUUGUGGACUUCUUCGUACGCCUCUUCACCCAGCUCAAGUUUGGAGUGGUACAGACAUCGGUGGAGGAAUGCAGCCAGAAAGGCUGCCUUGCCCUGUCCCUCCUUGAGCUCUUGGGUUUCAACUUGACCUUUGUCUUCUUGGCAAGCAUUCUUGUCCUGAUCGAGCCAGUGGCAGCAGGUUCCGGGAUACCUGAAAUCAAAUGCUAUCUGAAUGGUGUGAAGGUGCCCGGGAUUGUCCGUCUCCGGACCCUGCUCUGCAAAGUCUUUGGAGUGCUGUUCAGUGUGGCUGGAGGGCUUUUUGUGGGGAAGGAAGGCCCCAUGAUCCACAGUGGAGCAGUGGUGGGAGCCGGCCUCCCCCAGUUUCAGAGCAUCUCCUUACGGAAGAUCCAGUUUAACUUCCCCUAUUUCCGAAGUGACAGAGACAAGCGGGACUUUGUAUCAGCAGGGGCGGCUGCUGGAGUUGCUGCAGCUUUCGGGGCCCCCAUUGGGGGCACCCUGUUCAGUCUGGAAGAGGGCUCGUCCUUCUGGAACCAGGGGCUCACGUGGAAAGUGCUCUUCUGUUCCAUGUCUGCCACCUUCACCCUCAACUUCUUUCGUUCUGGGAUUCAGUUUGGAAGUUGGGGUUCCUUCCAAUUGCCCGGAUUGUUGAACUUCGGCGAGUUUAAGUGCUCUGACUCUGAUAAAAAAUGUCACCUCUGGACAGCUAUGGAUUUGGGUUUCUUCGUCGUGAUGGGGGUCAUUGGGGGCCUCCUGGGAGCCACAUUCAACUGUCUGAACAAGAGGCUUGCAAAAUACCGUAUGCGAAACGUGCACCCGAAACCUAAGCUCGUCAGAGUCUUGGAGAGCCUCUUGGUGUCUGUGGUAACCACCGUGGUGGUGUUCAUGGCCUCGAUGGUAUUAGGAGAAUGCCGACAGAUGUCUGCUUCGGGUCAAAUCAGUAAUGACUCAUCCCAGCUCCAGGUCACAUCAGAAGAUGUCAACUCAAGUACCAAGACCUUUUUUUGUCCCAACGAGACCUACAACGACAUGGCCACACUCUUCUUCAAUCCCCAGGAGUCUGCCAUCCUUCAGCUUUUCCACCAGGAUAGUACUUUUAGCCCCGUCACUCUGGCCUUGUUCUUCGCCCUCUAUUUCCUGCUUGCAUGUUGGACCUACGGCAUUUCAGUUCCAAGUGGCCUUUUUGUGCCUUCCCUGCUGUGUGGAGCUGCUUUUGGACGUUUAGUUGCCAAUGUCCUUAAAAGCUACAUCGGCUUGGGCCACAUCUACUCGGGGACCUUUGCCCUGAUCGGUGCCGCAGCUUUCCUGGGCGGGGUCGUCCGCAUGACCAUCAGUCUCACGGUCAUCCUCAUUGAAUCUACCAACGAGAUUACUUAUGGGCUCCCCAUUAUGAUCACUCUGAUGGUGGCCAAAUGGACAGGGGACUUUUUCAACAAGGGCAUUUAUGACAUCCACGUGGGCUUGCGAGGUGUGCCGCUCCUGGAAUGGGAGACGGAGGCCGAAAUGGACAAACUGAGAGCUAGUGACAUCAUGGAGCCCAACCUGACCUACGUCUACCCGCACACCCGCAUCCAGUCUCUGGUCAGCAUCCUGCGCACCACGGUCCACCACGCCUUCCCAGUGGUCACGGAGAACCGGGGCAAUGAGAAGGAGUUCAUGAAGGGCAACCAGCUCAUCAGCAACAACAUCAAAUUCAAGAAAUCCAGCAUCCUGACCCGGGCUGGCGAGCAGCGCCGACGGAGCCAGUCCAUGAAGUCUUACCCGUCGAGUGAGCUACGAAACGUGUGUGAUGAGCACCUCCCCUCCGAGGAGCCAGCCGAGAAGGAGGACCUCCUGCAGCAGAUGCUGGAGCGAAGAUACACUCCCUACCCCAACCUAUACCCUGACCAGUCCCCGAGCGAAGACUGGACCAUGGAGGAGCGCUUCCGCCCUCUGACCUUCCACGGCCUGAUCCUGCGGUCACAGCUCGUCACCCUGCUCGUCCGAGGAGUUUGUUACUCGGAAAGUCAAUCAAGCGCCAGCCAGCCGCGCCUUUCCUACGCCGAGAUGGCUGAGGAUUACCCGCGGUACCCCGACAUCCACGACCUGGACCUGACGCUGCUAAACCCGCGCAUGAUUGUGGAUGUCACCCCGUACAUGAACCCUGCGCCCUUUACUGUUUCACCUAACACCCACGUCUCCCAAGUCUUCAACCUGUUCAGAACGAUGGGCCUGCGGCACCUGCCCGUGGUGAACGCCGUGGGAGAGAUCGUUGGGAUCAUCACUCGACACAACCUGACCUACGAAUUUCUGCAGGCCCGGCUACGGCAGCACUACCAGACCAUCUGACGGCCCAGCGCGGCCUCACCGCCACGCGCCAGCCUGCCCUGUCCCGGAGCUGCCCGGGGAGGCGGCUCGCUUGUGCUCCGUCGCCACGGCCGGCUGGGGCUGUUCCAGGACACGGAAGAUUCCCACUCACCCGCUCGCUCAGAAGCCUCCAAUCAUCGAACACUUUGCCGGUCAGCCAUCCCGGGGAUGGUGUUGAACCACAAGAGCCUGGGCCUGUCUGACUUUCUCAGCAAGUAUCUUCCUAUUUCCUGCUCCCCGCUCUCCUGCCGUCCAGCAUGGGCCCCAGCCCCAGGCCCUUCCACCCCACGCGUGCCAGGACCAGAGGGGGCGUCAGGCCUUGGCCACCGGGGAGUGAUGCCCAGAGCAGUUUUCCUGCUCCCUCCUGCUGCUCUCCUAGGGAACCCAACUGUUGCCUUCAACUGUAACAGGAGGGGCUUUGGCCAAGGCAGGUGCUGGGGCUAAGGUCAGCUGCAAAAUGCAGCGAAUCACCAAAUUUAGGGACUGAGCCACUGAGAUCACCCAUGUUUCCGGGGGGCCCUCCUGCGUCGGGACUCUGGACAGGCGCACCAGUUCGUUUGAAGGGAAACAUGGCUUCCUGGGGGAGCUGCUGCUCUCGGCUUGCCCCCGUGGUCACAGCCUCCUUGGAAGCGCCACCCUCCAGAAGCACAAGUCCCACGGACCAUCCCUGAAGGAGAAGCCUGACAAGACGCUCUGACUUACAGCCGCUCUAGUCUUUAGCAUUUCGGCUUCUCUCCUGGUGACUUGUGUUUUCCGUGGUCUGUCCCUUGUUCCUCCCCUCUGCACUGAGUUACUGACCCGUGAGUUCUUACGUGUUCUUUCUGGUGAGGCAGCCACAGCCCAGGUGUUCCCCCCGCCCGACCAUUAGCUAAAAGCAGGGCACCCCGUAAUAAAACUGCUCGACCCAACUCUGGGGAAUGGUACCGUUACCUCUGAGACAGACAGAAGCCAGUCCUGGGCCAGUGAGCACUACAGGCACGUGAUGUAGCCCAGAAGCCAGGGUUAGGACAGCGCAGAUGGCUUAUUCCAGGGAGGAGGGCGUGUCCCCGUCACACGCCUGUUUCACCCCCCUGCUGCUAGCCAUCCCCAGCCCACUGAGGGCCCAGACAUGGAAACUGUGCUGCCAGGAGGCUGGGUUGGGAGGGACAGCCACCAGCACGUGCCCCAAGGCCCAAGCGUGAACCCCGGGAAGGAAACCCGUCUGUCUCUCCAGGCUGGGGGGCCCCCUCUGACCGGGCCCCCAAAGCGAACACUUGGUGUUGAGUAUUUUGCCCUUACUUUCCUCCUAACCUCUGCUCUCCCCCUACUUGCAUCCACACCCUAGGCCCAUCGCUAUGCAGCCUUGUGACAGAUGAGCUUUGGGACUCAAGAUGGCAUUUAUUUGCAUUUAAGUUUAUGUUGGGUUUUUGUGUGUGUCAACUGUGGCAGUUCCCCAAGAACAUGGCCUGCCCUCGACAAUGCCGUCCCCUUACCCUCUGCCUCCGGCCUGACUUCUGUUGCCAGGACUGCCGUGUGGCCUGGAGGUGGGCGCCCAUCUCGGCGUGGCCAGCCCAGGCCCUGUGCUCAGCACGCUCUGCUCCCCUAAGUGAGGGGGCUGCUUCAGGAUCUUUUCCACCUGACUGCGGCGCCCCCCCCACACUCCAUCCUUCCUAUUUUCUUAUCUCGUUGACCAAAAAUACCUUGACUUCUAAAUGUUUCAGCUUCCUUGGAUGCAUUUGACUUGUGAAAUGUGGAGGAGACCCCCAAUAAGUCGUUGGGGAAAUCACAAGGACCAAAAAGGCAAGCCCUUCUAAAUGUGAUUGUGUUCAGCCCGCUGCCACUUUAUUUUAAGGCAGCCUUCAGAGCUUGGCCACAUUAUUCCUUCCUUUUAUUACGAGGGACACCAGUUGCCCAAGUCAGGAGGAUGUGGGGACCGCCCAUCACAGAAACGGAAUCCCCUCUUCCCACCCCUCAGUGAACUAGGGUCCUGUGGGGGCAGCCUCUGGCCUCCAGGGCUCUGGGGUCACCAGCUGCCUGCCUCCGGGCUGCCCUGGGCGAUGGUGUCGGAAUUUACCCCUCAUGCACAUCCAGUCCCCAGAUACUUCAUUACCCCUGAAUAGUCCAGAGGUGGCUGGCAGAACGCACCUCCCUCCCCGUGAACUGACUGCACGGCGGUGAGGUCCCAGACUCAGGCCUCUCUGGAAAGGCACGUUGCUUCUUGUCCUCCGCUGGUGUCUGCCCUUGCCAGAUAAGCCCAAAGACAACCACUGCCCCACUUGUAACAAAUAACUGGAAGCCUCACUCCUCUGAUAGUUAGAAACCCACGUUGUCCACAUCCCACCUGUUACCAGCCCCGUCGCCCCCUGGUGAUGGGGUACGCACGCAUGCGUGCGCGCGCAAGCCAGAGGGGGCUCUGGGGCCGGCUAGAGACGGUUUGCUGUGUGCCUGCUGUGUGCCUGCCGUCUCCUGCUUGGUGUUUCACGUUCCCCAGCGGAGGAGCCUGAGAGGUAGGGAGCCAGAGUCCCACCCCACACCCCCGGCUGUGGGACCUUGGCAGUCGGGAGUGAUUUGCUCAUGACCUUGUUUAACGAACGGUUCCUGGCUGGGAUGGACGCUUGCUUGCUUGACGCAACCAACUAUAUGACGUUUCUGAUGCAAAAUUGUGUACUGACACGACCGUCGGAAAGAAAGAAAGCCUCUGGAAAGGCCAGAAGCGCCGUCCUGGGCCCUGUAGCGUCGAUGUGCAGUAUUACCCCGUGGCUCCCGAGCGUGGCAGGCUUCUUUCUGUACGCACUGUUGAUUUAGAUAGUAAUACUAGCUAAUUCUGUUGUGUACAUAUGUUGUAUUUUUUUUAAUUUGCAAAAUUCUAUUUUUAUUUGAACUUUUGGAACUUGGAAGUUCUCAUUGUAACUGUAACAUGUCAGAAUAAAAUGUCUUCAUCUGUCUCCACGG